GGCUUGUUUCCAUGGAAACGAAAACGAGCCCAACGGCCACUUUUCAUUAGGGAAAGGAGCUCACCUGGUCUCGGCCUUUGAAAUGCGAAGGGGGGAGAAAUGCUUUAUCUACAGGCAACCGUUGAAGAAGGCAGCGAAGGCUUCUCCCCUCGCUCUGAGUUCCUCAACCAUGAGCAAGGCCCUGGAGUUAAUGACAGUGGCCCCCGAGGCCACAGUGAUCAAUGGUAUUACCCUCCCACCCCAGGACUUCGCCUUGGAGGUGUUCAGGCGCAGAUCCAUCAUGAGCCAGAGGAUACUGAACUGGAAUGAGAAUGGAGGUGAAGCUGGAAGGACCCCCUGCCACUUGGGGGACACCCCUCUCCGUGGAAAGAUCUCCCCGAUCUUCACGGUCCCCCCACCCCCUCCCCCAUCUCCUUCUGAAGACGCCGCAGGGGCCAAUCCUACUGUGUGUGUGAAGGACCAGCAGUCUGAGGGAAAAGGGAACUAGCUAAAGGAAAAUACUUUAGUCACUCCCCAUGCUUCUCUCAUCCUGCUUUUGCUCAGAGAAACACGGGCCGUUUCAGCUUGUCCUUGGCCUCUCAUACCCUUCUAAUAUAGAGUGGCUCCUUGCCCGCCCACCCCCCGCCCCAAAAAGACUGUCACCCGACAGGGAGGUUCUUGUUAUUGUUCAUGUACAUAUUUUUCAUAAAUGACUUUUAAUUGAUGAUAUUUUGUACUGUUCUGUGUCUGGAAGCAAUAAAGUCU